GUCAUUCACGAGCUGUUCAUCAGAUUUAACUCUGAAAGGGGGCAGUGAAGGUUGUGAGAGUGACACAGAUUCCGAACUCACAUUCAAAAUGCAGGAUUAUAACAAGGAUGACAUGUCCUAUCGAAGGAUAUCAGUUGUUGAGCCCAAAUCUGCUCUACCAUUCAAUCGCUUUUUACCUAACAAAAGUAGACAGCCAACCUAUGUGCCUGCACCACUGAGGAAAAAAAGGCCGGACAAGAAUGAGGAUAAUCGAAGAAGUUGGGCAAGUCCUGUAUACACUGAAGCUGAUGGAACCUUCUCAAGUAAACAGAGGAGGAACUGGGACUCUAAAAUGGAAAACAGGCUAACAAUAAAAGAAACUUCAAACUCCUCUAGCUAUUUGGAGGAGGAGGAGGAAGAAGAGGAAGAAGAUGAAAAAACAAUGGGAAUGCCAAACAUUGUAAAAGAUGAUCUUUAUGUGCGCAAGCUAAGCCCCAUAGUGCCCACUGCAGGGAGUGACUUUGAUAAGUUUCUCCCCAAAUGUUGGACUCCAGAAGAUCUGAAUUGGAAAAGAAUUAAAAAGACAUCUUACAAGCCAUGGUAUAAGGAGUUUCAGGGAUUCAGAAAGAAUUCAGACUCAGAAGAUGAAAAUUCAGUGUGUGAACAAAACCCUGCCAUUUCUAGUCUGGCAUGGAGAACAGGGCGAGGUUCAGAUGGCAAUUGCCAGAGACGUUCAAUCUUAAUGGACCUUGCUACCAAACAAGCCCCACAUUCAUGGAACAAAAAUAUGGAAAGGAGAUUCAGUGGUGCUUCUGAUAGACCAAGUCAGUUUUUAUUACUUCAGGCCUUACAAACAUAUUCUGAUGACAUCUUGUCUUCUGAAACAAAGACCAAAAUUGAUCCCACAUCUGGCCCAAGGAUCAUAACAUGCCGAAGGAAUGUCUUUUAUGCCCCAGGCUACAGAAGAGAUGAUGCUGAAAAUGUCGUAUUAGAUCCUGACUUAGAAAAUGAUGAUUACUUUGUUAGAAAGACUGGGGCUUUCCAUGCGAAUCCUGCUGUUCUCCAGGCUUUUGAAGAUUUUAGAAGAUUCUCUGUCCCAGAUGAUUUCAUAGAGCGAGAUAUAAUCCUGCAACAAAGAGAAGGUGAACCUGUGCUUCCGGAUCUAGAAAAAGAUGACAUGAUUGUUCGCAGAAUUCCAACACAGAAGAAAGAUGUGCCUUUAUCAGGAGCCCCAGAUAAAUACCAUCCAGUCCCCUUUCCAGAACCUUGGACUCUCCCACCAGAAAUCCAAGCCAGAUUUCUCUGUGUACUUGAAAGGACAUCCUCAUCAAAAGAAAAAAUUAAUAGCUGUAGAGUCUUAGUUCCAUCUUCUUGUCAAAAGAAGGAUGAUAUGUUGACUCGUAAGAUUGAGUCCUGGAAACUAGGGACAACGAUACCACCCAUCAGUUUUACUCCUGGUCCAUGCAGUGAAGAGGACUUAAAAAAAUGGGAGGCUAUUCGAGCAGCCAGCAAAGUUAGGCACAAGAAACGACAGAUGGUUGAGAGACUCUUUCAAAAGAUUUCUGAUGAGAAUGGGAGUAAAUCCUUGAGUGAUAUCACAGCAGAGGAUGUACAUAGCUUGCGCCAACUGCGCUAUGAAGAAAUGCAGAAAAUAAAAUCACAACUGCAAGAACAAGACCAGCAAUGGCAGGAUGACCUAGCAAAAUGGAAAAAUCGUCGAAAAAGUUAUACUUCAGAUCUGCAAAAGAAAAAGGAAGAGAGGGAAGAAAUUGAAAAGCAGUCUCUUGAGAGAUCUGAGAGGAGCUCAAAAACGUUUAGAGAAAUUCUUCAGGACAGGGAAACCAGAAACCAAGAAACCAACAGUCAUCAGCAGAAAACAGUUGAUCCUGAGAGCAUGUAUUCAUCUAACAAUGAGGUAUUCAAUGAAAAAAAAGUAUUUCCUGCAGGGUCUUUGACAAGAGAGGGUUACCAGAAUGAGAGAAGAGAGAAGGAAGUGACUUAUGGUACAGAGAGUGAUAAAGAAGAUUCUUCAACUCUUGCAAAGAUGGAGGACUAUAAAACAGCUGAAAUUCAGGUUCCUUCUCAAAGCCUGACAGAGAAACAGAGCUCAGUCUCAGCUUUGUCUUCUAACCAUUCACUGAGUACACAAAUGGGACCUGCUCGGGUUUCAGCAUCUCUCCCCAGAAGUUACCAGAAAACUGAUACAUCUAGGUUAACAUCGGUGGUUACGCCAAGACCUUUUGGUUCUCAGUCAAGAGGGAUCUCAUCGCUUCCCAGAUCCUAUACGAUGGAUGAUGCUUGGAAGUACAAUGGGGAUGUAGAAAUCACUAAAAGAAUUUCAGAAAGUUCAAGUGGCUCUUUCUCAAAAUCAGAUGACAGCCAGCUUUACUCAAGUUCAACCUUCAAAAAUGUUGAAGAAGCAAGAGAAAGUGAGAAGACAAUGUCAUCUUCUACAUCCUUGUAUUUGCCCGUUUCCCAAGAACGUGAUGCUUUUCCUAAAUCAGAACAAUCUUUAAUAUCAGACCCUUUGCCAGUUUCUGAGUCUUUAGAAGGGAGAACCUCUUCAUCACCGGAACCUUCAAGUACAAAGGAUCAGUUCAGUGAUAUGAGAAUCAUUAUGAUCCACAGCCCUGGAAAUAGUGAUGCUGACUUUGGGUUUACUGUAAGAUGGGAUUUUCCUGGAAUCAUCGUGCAAUCAGUUGAAGCAGGUAGCCCUGCAGCAUUGUCUCAGCUACAGGUAGAUGAUGAAAUUAUUGCUGUUAACAACACCAAGUUUUCAAAUAAGGACACAGAUAAGUGGGAGGAGAUCAUGGCUAAUGCACGAGAAACUGGAAACCUAGUUGUGGAUGUCAGGCGUUAUGGAAAAAAUGACUGGGGCAAAGACCAACCUUCCCUGCCAUUUGUACGGCAUAAAACCCUCAAUCUCACCAGUAUGGCUACCAAAAUUAUAGGUUCACCUGAAACUAAGUGGAUUGAUGCAACUUCUGGAGUUUACAGUUCAGACAAGACUUCAAACAUUUCAGUAAAGAGUGAUUUCUCCGAAAGUCUUCAAAAUUCCAAUAUUGAAACAAAAGGAAUAAAUGGCAUAAGUGGUGAAAACAGUUCUAUGGAACCCAAAGCCUCUGAACCUAUUUCUUUGAAAAACUUAAAAAGACGGUCACAAUUUUUUGAACAAGGAAGUUCUGAUUCUGUGGUGCCUGAUCUUCCAGUUCCAACCAUUAAUGCUCCAAGUCGUUGGGCUUGGGAUCAAGAGGAAGAGAGGAAACGACAGGAAAAAUGGCAGAAAGAACAGGAUCGUUUGCUUCAGGAGAAGUAUCAACGUGAACAGGAAAAACUGAGGGAAGAAUGGCAGAGGGCUCAACAAGAGGCUGAGAAAGAAAGCUCAAAGUACUUAGAUGAGGAACAGAUGGUAUUACACUCAAAUAAUGUUUCUCUCACCUCACGUGAGCCAACUCUUGCCAACUGGGAAACAAAUUGGAGAGAAGAAAUUUAUCCUUCAGAUAGAGAAAAAAACAGAGUAGAGGAGGAAGAAAGACUUCGUCAUGAAGAACAAAAGAGACAAUUAGAAGAACAGCUUCUUCUUGAGAAAGAAAGGAAAAUAAAGGAAUUGGAAGAACUGGAACAGAAGCAGAGGGCAGAGAUAGAGCAACAGAGGCGACAGGCAGAAAUAGAGCAACAGAGGCGACAGGCAGAGAUAGAGGAACAGAGGCGACGGGCAGAGAUAGAGGAACAAAGGAGACGGGCAGAGAUAGAAGAGCAGAAACGGCAGGCAGAGAAAGAGAAAGAAACUUCAGUGCAAAUAUAUCAGUAUAAAAGGCCUGUUGAUCCAUAUGAAGUAACAAAGCGAGGAGAUGAGUCAACAAAUCUGUUUCCUAGUGACAGGAAUAAAUCAAGAUCUACCACUGAAUUGGAUCACACUACAAGUAGAAAUGGGAGUAACAAAUAUUUGGACCGGAUUGGGAAUUCGGGGUAUUCACAGAAAGGUUCUCGAAAAGAACAGGUCACGUCAGAAGCUGAGAUGGAGAGACAGCAAAUCCUUCAAGAAAUGAGGAAGAAGACCUCCCUCCACAAUGACAACAGCUGGAUCAGACAGCGGAGUUCCAGUGUCACCAAGGAACCCAUCUGCCUGCCUGGCAUCAUGAGAAGAGGUGAAUCUCUAGAUAACUUAGACUCCCCAAGAUCAAAUUCAUGGAGACAAGCCCCUUGGAUGAAUCAGUCAACUGGCUUCCAUACUUCUUCAUCUGUGCAAGACUUCAGCCGUCCACCUCCACAAAUUAUUUCUACAUCCAACCGUGCUUACAUGCGAAAUCCAUCUUCCAGUUUUCUACCUUCUUCUGUUGGUUCUGUACGAACUGGAUCUUUAUCAUCAGCACCUUCCCCAGCACCUCGAACACAGUCCCCUUCUACUUCUCAGUCAGGGAUGCAGCAACGGAACAGGUCAGUCAGUGGGAAGAGAGUAUGCUCCUACUGUAAUAACAUUCUGGGCAAGGGAGCGGCCAUGAUCAUCGAGUCUUUGGGGCUUUGUUAUCAUUUACAUUGUUUUAAGUGUGUUGCCUGUGGGCGUGACCUUGGGGGCUCCAGGUCUGGAGCAGAAGUCAGGAUCCGAAAUAAUGAAUUGUACUGCAACGAGUGCUAUCUCCGAUUCAAAUGUAAGAGAGCAAAUCAGAGAGAAAAUCUCUUGCCUUUUAAAGAGACCUCGGGCUCCCAUGCACCUUCCUGAAUCUGCAUCUGCUACCCCUUCAAGCACCCUGCCUCAGAAUCCCCAUUUUUAGGAGCAUUUUAUAUAAACUUAAAGUUGCCCCUUUACAGGGAGGAUUUGACUAGAAUCAGGUGUUUGCUCAGGAUGCCGGGAAACGAGGGUGAUUUGUAAGGUCUAGAAAGGGGGUGGUAUGGAGCUGGAGACCCAGGAGUUGUCCCUCUGUUGCCUGCCUGGGGUACACAGAACUCUAAACAAGUUUGGCUAAAAAGGAAAUUCAGAGAUAAGAGGUUAGUCCUCUUAAGAACUGAUUCUAAUUUUUCAUUACUUUCACCUCAUUUCAACAAAGGUCUAACUUUCACAUAUGUUGCUUAGAAAAUAACCAAAUGAGGUCAAUGGCUUUGAUUUUUUUUCUUUU